AUAUAUAUGCACAUAUAUGAUGCAGAAAUAUUUACCAAUCAAACUCGAUCCAGUUAACGAGAAUUGUUUCUUUUUUCCAACCACGUACAGCCUUAAUCAAGUACUUCCAAGAUAUCAACUGCGAAAAUGCCUCUUUCACUCAAGAUUGAGAAAGAAAAUGUUCAAAACUCAGAAAGAGUAAAAUCUGUGGAUUUUCAUCCAACUGAGCCAUGGAUUCUUGCAAGUUUGUAUUCAGGCAGCCUUUGCAUCUGGAACUACCAGUCACAGACACUGGAGAAGUCUUUCAAGGUUACUGAGUCCCCAGUCAGGUCAGCAAAGUUCAUUGCACGCGAACACUGGGUGGUUGCUGGAGCAGAUGACAAGUUUAUUCGGGUAUACAAUUUCAACACACUGGAUAAGACCAGAGAAUUUGAGGCACAUGAAGAUUACAUCAGAUCUGUGGCCGUCCAUCCUACCCUUCCCUAUGUGCUGUCAGCGUCCGAUGACAAAGUUAUAAAGCUUUGGGACUGGGAGAAGGGUUGGGCCUGUACUCAGACUUUCGAGGGGCAUUCGCACUAUGUAAUGCAAGUUGCAUUCAACCCAAAAGACACCCUUACUUUUUCAAGUGCAUCCCUUGAUGGAACCAUAAUGGUAUGGAGUCUGAACUCUCCUGCUCCAAUCUUUACGUUGGAUGGCCAUUCGAAGGGUGUGAACUGCGUUGAUUACUUCACUGGCAAAGAUGAAACAAAGCUUUUAACCGGUUCUGAUGAUUUUACUGCUAAGGUGUGGGAUUAUCAAAGCAAAAGUUGCGUGCAAACCCUAGAAGGCCACCAACACAAUGUUACAUUGAUAUGUGCUCAUCCAGAGCUUCCCAUAAUUAUUACUGGUUCAGAGGAUGGAACUAUUCGCAUAUGGGAUGCCACCACCUAUAGGCUCGAGAACACAUUGAACUAUGAUCUCGGAAGAGUUUGGGUAGUUGGAUACAAAAAAGGAUCAGAUCGGGUUGUAUUUGGUUGUGACAAAGGAACAAUUAUGGUCAGUCUGAAGAUCAGUACUUAGAAGUGAAACAACUAUUUGGGGAUAAAAAGUACGUACUUGGAGGAAUCAAGUGAUCAUCAUCCGCUGCUGCUGCGUACUGCUCUACUCUUGGUCCCUGUACUCUCUCUAUAUAUAUAUAUAUAUAUAUAUAUAUUUGGAGUACUGCUGUUUUCUUAUUAUGAAUAAAUUUGUCAAUGAAUGAAGCGUUUGAUCACCUAUAUACCCCUGCGUCUACUGCUGCUGUUUUGAUUGUGUGAUCACUAGUUUAUAAGGAUAGAUAUUAUAUAUGUUAUAGCUACGUACGUACGUACGUACCUCCAAGGAUAUUGUACGUACUCUUUCUCCUGUUAAUUAUAUAUGAAUGAGUUGUGUUUCUUUGAAUUCCAAUGGCUUCUCAUCUCUAUGUCGUAGCAGUGGAAUG